AUGCAGCAGGAAGACAUUUCGAAUCAAAAGCUGCAACAAGAAGCUGGUCAGCAACUUUUGGAAGCAAAAAGGUUCACACAAUUUGCUGCAAAACCUGUGCAGCCAUUUAUUCAAUCUGAACAACAAUGUGAAGAACAAUUCCAGCAACCUAAGGGCCAUGAAAUGAAGGUAAAAGCAGUACAAAGGGAUGCCGGAAGGCCUGAAGAGAAAGUUCAGCAAAUAGAAACUGAAAAUCAGCAUGAACAAGAACAUAACAUCAAGGAUACUCUAGAUAGAGAUGAGAAAAUUGUACAAAUCAAUCACAUUGACUUCCUUCUUCCACCCAAGUUUGGUGAUUCAGUUAUAGAGAAAGGCGUUCUUCUUUCCUCACUGUUUUCGCUUAUGGCAAAGGGUAAUUGA